AUGGCCAAGUUCCUCCUGCACACCUUCUACGCCACGGGCCACGUGCUGCCCAUGCAGGCGGUGGCCAAGGCGCUGGUCGACCGCGGGCACGAGGUGGUGUGGCUCACGAGCCCGGAGCAGGAGUCGCGCGUGCGCGCGUCCGGGGCCCGGUUCGUGGCGACGGCCGAGAUCGACCGCGUCGACAAGGUGCUGCAGGGUGCGGACCCGCGGACGCUCGACGAGAUCGUGGACGUCUUCUUUGGCGGGCGCCUGGCGGCGCAGGUGGCGGACCUGCGCGCGGUGCUUCGGGGCGGCUUCGCGCCGGAUGUGUUGCUGAAUGAUGCGCUGCCCUUUGGGGCGGCUGUGUUGCAUGAACUGGGCGAGAUCCCAGCCUACGCGACGCUGGGCGUCGUGCCCAUGUACUUCCGCGAGCACGCGCCCAAAUCAACGCUCGGCACGCUCCUCAGCCAGCCGGAGCUGAUUGUAGGAUGCCUAAACACUCAGAGGGUAGACCUGGGCCUUGCGCCGAUCGAACCUUCACAGCUGCUCCAGUACAGCCCGCAGUUGCACAUCCAAGCAUCCAGCCCGGCACUCGAGUACGACCAGACGUUCCACCCUACAGAGUACGUCGGCCCGCUCAUCAGCCCGCUGAACAAGACCUCGUCGGAAUUGCCACCAUGGUGGAACGAAGUCAUCGCCUCAGACCGCGUGGUAGGCAUCACCCAGGGGACCUUCGCCACAGACCCAACAAGCCUCAUCCUCCCGGCGAUCCGGGCGCUCCGCGACGACCCGACCCUGCUGCUGGUGGUGCCCUCGCAGCAGGCCGCGCAGAUCAAGGAAGCGCUGCUCUCAGACGGCGGAAGCAUCCCGGCAACCCUGCGCCUGGCGGCCUGGCUGCCCUACGAGGCGCUGCUCCCGCGGUGCCGCGUGCUCGUGACCAACGGCGGUUACGGCAGCGUGACGCAGGCGCUCGCGCACGGGGUGCCGCUCGUGUGCGCCGGCACGUCCGAGGACAAGAAGGACACGGCGGCGCGGGUGACGCACUUGAGAGCCGGCGUCGACCUCAUGACUGACUGCCCUGGUGCGGAACAGGUGCGAGGCGCCGUGGCGGACAUCCUUGGUGAUGGGAGUUAUCGCGAGAAUGCGGCGCGCGUGGGCCGAGGGCUGAACUCCCUGGGCGGGGCGACGAGGGUAUGUGAGUUGUUGGAGGAAGUUGUUGGUCGGACGUAA